AUGACAAUCGAAAUGACUUUCCCCUUCAAAAUCAUCGACCACCUCCUCCCCGGCCAACACAUUCGGGAAUAUCCCCACAGCAUCCAAGGCCGACAAGAAACGCCCCUCCAGGUAGCCAUCAAGCAAUAUGUACCCACUGCCCAGCCCAUCCCAGACAACGCAGUUACUAUCAUCGGUGUACCGGGAAAUGGCAGCCCGAAGGAGACUUACGAGCCCUUAUGGGAAGACCUUUACGGGCAGUUAAAGAAGAUGGGGGUCUCGAUUCGAGGCAUUUGGGUGGCUGAUCCAACGAAUCAGGGGGCCAGUGCGGUAUUGAAUGAAAAUGUAGUAGGAGAUCAGACGAAUUGGUAUGAUCAUUCGCGCGAUCUUCUACACAUGAUCAAUCACUUUCGUGACGAGAUGCCCCGUCCCUUGAUAGGCGUGGCACACAGCAUGGGAUGUGCUCAGCUUGUCAACCUCUCUAUUAUUCAUCCCCGCCUACUCUCGACUUUGGUCCUUAUCGAGCCCGUCAUCUUAGAAGUCGCUUUCGGUGGCCCUAACCCUGGUAUAGUGGCUAGUCGCCGUCGAGACAUCUGGGAAUCCCCUGAGAAAGCGAAGGCAUCUCUUGAUAAGAGCUUGUCAAAGUGGGAUUCGCGAGCGCGAGAGCGCUAUAUUCGCUAUGGGCUGCGCCCUGUUCCUACGCGACUCUAUGAUCCGGUUACAGACCCUAAGGUUCCUAAAACCGCAUUGACCCUAACCACGACAAAGCAUCAAGAAGCAUGGAACUUCUUCACGCCAAAUCUCGAAUCGGAGGACUUGGAUCGCUUUCUUACGCCGGACUGGGACCCUGAGAAAGAACGUCCGUACCUUUUUUCUCGCCCGGAGUGCUGGUCCGCUAUGCGAAACCUCCCAUUUGUACGACCCUCUGUGCUCUGGGUCUUUGGUGGUAAGAGCUUUCUCUCGUCUCCUGAGGCACAGGACUCGAAGAUGCGGAAAACUGGGACAGGUAUUGGAGGGAGUGGUGGCGUCGCGCAGGGGAUGGUGGAGAAGGCACUACUACCGAAUAGUAGUCACACCCUAGUCUUUGAGCAAGUGGAUUGGUGUGCUCAGGCUAUAGCAUAUUGGAUUCAGCGGUGGUUUCAGAAGUAUUUAGAGGGUGAAAAGUUCUGGCGGGAGUAUGUGAGUCGGCAUUCUGAGCCUGGGAUGGUAAAGUUGUCAGAGGAGGCUUUUCAAAUCGCGCAAAUGCCAGUUGGAACGAAGAGGUCGGAGAAGCCGAUGGGAAAGUUGUAA